AUGGCCGAUUAUUAUACAUAUUAGAGGAAACGCCGUGAUUUGGGGAAACCUUGCAAUUUUUAAGAUAGUGAGAUUAAAAUUGCAGGAUAUACAAAGACAUUGGCAGUGAUCCCAAACUAUGUGAAGCGAAAUCCAAAUCACAUAGAUUUAGAUAAUAUAGCAGAAUACUCUGAACAUUCAGUAUAGAAGUUAUGAAGCAUUAUUAUAGGUGAAUACAGAAAGGGUGUCAACAGGUGAUAAAGUGAUGUGUCAUAAAGAAGGAGGGGUAAAUUAGAUUUAUGCAACAGUUUUUAGUGGCCAGCAGGUAUAGACCCAAUGGAGCAACAAGACUAAAAUAAAUAUAGGAGAAGGUUUGAAAAAGAUGCAGCAUUUGCAGUGGCGGUUAAAGAACUUAGUAAUACUGUAGAGAAGUGCAUUCUUCAAAAUAAUUAAAUUGAUUUAUUUGAAGAGUAUUUUUUAGAUGAGGAAAGUGAGCAUCAAGUUGAGAAUUUGAGUACAAAAACUCUAAUGUUAUUCAAGUAAUAAUGUAGAGGAUUAUAAAUGUAGAGAUCAAUCUUAAGGAGUAAAGAGAUCUGUUUCUGAAAUAUCAUGGCAUCCUGAAGGUCCAAUAAAAGCAGCUGUGUCAUAUGCAAUAAGCAGAUUUUAGUAGAUGCCUGAAGGAGUGUUAAAAUCUUCAUUUGUUUGGGAUUUAUAGAAUCCAAAUAGUCCUGAAUUCGAAUUAGAAACAAAUUCACCAAUAACAAAUUUAAUGUAUAAUCCAAAGUUAUCUGAUUAAAUUGGAGGUGGCUGUUAUAAUGGAUUAGUAGCAGUUUGGGAUGUAAAGAGAGGUAAAUAACCAGUUUUAACAUCUCCUGUUGAAAAAUCUCAUCAUGAUCCAAUAACACAUUUUUAAUGGUUAUUUAGUAAGACUGGUACAGAAUGUGUUACAACAUCAACUGACGGUAGAGUAUUAUGGUGGGAUACAAGAAAAUUAAAUGAAGGUCCAAUAGAGACUUUGAAUGUAACAGAAGGAUCUAAUCCAAAUGAUCCUUUAAUUGGUGCAACAGUAUUGGAAUAUAAUACUGAAGCAGGUCCAACAAAAUUUGUAAUAGGAACAGAGAUGGGAUCUCUGAUGGUUGCAAAUAAAAAGCCAAAGAAAAAUGUAGAAAUCACAACAAGAUAUGGAUUAGAGAGUGGUCGUCAUUUAGGUCCAGUUAUGUCUAUUAAUAGAAGUCCACCUAAUCCUAAAUUCUUUUUAACAGUUGGAGAUUGGAGUGCCAAGAUUUGGGUUGAAGAUAUUAAAACUCCUAUAAUGAGAACAAAAUAUCAUGGAAGUUAUUUAACUGAUGGAUGUUGGUCACCUACAAGAAAUGGCGUAUUCUUUUUGACUAGAAAAGAUGGUUGGAUGGAUGUUUGGGAUUAUUAUUAUAGAUAAAAUGAAAUAGCAUUUAGUCACAAAGUAAGUGAGACAGCAUUAACAUGUAUUAAAAUAAAUGCUAAUGGUGGUGCACAUCAUAAUGCUGGUAAAUUAGUAGCUAUUGGUGAUUAAGAUGGUACAGUUACUUUAUUAGAAUUAUGUGAUUCUCUAUAUUAGUUAUAAUUUAGAGAAAAGGAUGUUAUGAAUGAAAUGUUUGAUAGAGAAUCAAGAAAAGAGAAGAAUUUAGAAGCUAUUAAAAAAUAAUAAGAUUUAAUGAAGAAGGUUGUUCCAAAAGAUAACAAGGCUGCAUAAUAAAAAUGGGAAUAAAGAAAAGCAGAAUUAAUUGCUGAAGCUGAAUAAUAAUUUAGUCAAAUUGUUAAAAAAGAUGAAGAGGCAAAAUUAGAUCAAUUAGAUGAAUUUAGUCCAAAAGGUUCUAAAACAAAAAAGUAUUAAAUAUUACAAUAAUAGGGAUGACAAGAAAUAAUAACCUAAGGAAGAUGAUAAAUAAUAAGAUCAAUAGAAAGGAGAUGAUGGUUAAUAAUAAGAUAAAUAAGAUCAAUAAUAAGGAGAUGGAGGACAAUAAGGUGAUGGUGAUGAUGGAUAAUAAGGGGAUGAUGGAUAAUAAUAAGAUGGAGAUAAUGGAGAUGGAUAAUAAGAUGGUGAUGGAUAAUAAGGAGAUGGAGAUGGAGAUGGAGAAGGAGAAAAAGAUGAAUAAGGUGAUGAUGGUGGAUAAGAAUAAUGAUC